CUCCAACAUGCCCCUCAGGGAGCAGACCAUAGCUGAGCGCUCCGAUGGGCUACUCAACAAUAAUAGCUUCCGGAAGCACAAGAAAACCUUCCACAAACUGUUCCAAGAGAUUCCUGAGGGGGAGAACCUGACACACACAUUCACCUGUGCCUUGCAGAAGGAGGUGCUGUAUCAUGGGAAACUCUUUGUUUGUGAGAACUACGUGUGUUUCCACUCGUCAGUGCUGCUCAAAGAGACCAAGGUGGUGAUUCCUGCGUCCAGCAUCAGGGGGGUGAAGAAACAUCACUCAGGCUUAUCCAUGUUGUCUAUUCAAACUGCUGAUGGAGAGAAGUACUCAUUUGUGUCUUUGAGGAACCGUGAGAUGUGUUAUAAACUCCUCCAAACUGUCUGUUCACAUGCACAGGAGGAGAGCGUCGGCGGCAGCCCUCAUAUCUCCUCUGCAGAGAAUGAAGUUGAUCAUGAUGUGGCCUCCAGUUAUUCCAGUUUGGAGGACAGCAUAGAUCGUGAUCUGAGCAGACAGAACAGCAUUUACCUUGACAGCGGCUUGCCUCAGAUGUCCAGUGAAGGUUCCACAAGAUGCAGUUCCACCCGUCAAAACAGCUUAACAGACGAAGACGACAGAGGAGCCUCUGUAAGGUGGAUUUGGAGGAUCACUGCGAGGGUCAUACCGCUUUUCUUCUUCCGAGAAAUUAGGAAUCUCAGCGUUCUCGUUUACGUCUACAUGAUGCUGAUGGUGUUGCUCCUGUUGGUGUCCGGGUACAUCGGGCUGAGGAUCUUAGCACUGGAGGAGCAGCUGACUGAGUUGUCUUUACACCACAGAGAGUACCAACAAACGUAGCCAGUGGCAGGAGACUGUGAUAAACAAAUCCUUUCAGGGACUCAUGCAGCGCACCACUCUAUUAAGAUCCUGCAGUACAUUGAUCCCUGUCUAGACAGGCUCCCAAAAGCAUCUUAGCAGGCAGACUCGGCCCAUUUGACACACACAGUACCUCUUUAGAUUUAAUUUACAAUAUUGUGCACAAAACAAGUUCGCUCACAGUAGAGAUUUGAUCUCCUGUGUUAGUGCCAUGCAGGGGUGUAGCACAAAAUUCUGGGCCCUGUAGAAAUGCAUUUUCUAUGUGCCCCUCCCCGCAUCCACAACUAUUCAUUCUAGCAUAUUUUUGGGCCCUCCUCACACGAGGGCCCUUUUUCCCCCCAGUCUGACGCCCCUGGUGUCAUGUCUACGGAGGAUGCAGGCCAGCAAUAAGAUGCUUUUGGGAUGUCUGAAACAGGCCACACGUGGUGAACUACACGGAUGACUGUUGGCAGAGAAGCACCAGGACAAUAUUAAUGUUAUGAGCACACUCAUUCUCUGCUGGGAGAUCAAAUAUUGAAGAGAGGAUCUCCUGCACUGAGCCGUAUGGAGGCAGCCUGCUGUUUAUUUCCUGGCCGGUAAACAGCUGAGCUCAGCUAGCUGAGGUUGCUGGAGUCUUGGCCUUGUUUUCUUGGAUCAACACAACCUGCAACAGUGAGAACACACACACACACACACUGAAAUAAGCACUUAAUUGUUGCUCGGUUUGAAAUGAUUUGUGUGUUGUAAAAAUUAGGGUUCACAUUGUGUAAGUAAACUGCUGAAAUCUAGUGGUGUUUUAAGAGUGACUGUUAAUGACAAUAAUCUGCCAGCAGAGGGCAGUCACUCCCAUUAAACUUCACAGUUACAUGAAGCACCAAGGUGGGAUUUCACUUGCACUUCAAAAACAUUCAAGCACUGAAACUUCUUCAGAAUACAAAUGUUUUAAAACUUUGGCUAAUGCCCUUUUGUCAAAUCAAUCCUGUUAAUAGAUUAUAGGGAAUGUGUGACUUCCAGUCUUCAUACCUUUCAGCCAACUGAUCUCCACGUCUUUAAAAAAAAAUGUCAUGAGCGAACAUGUGAAUUCUGCAUAUACUUGAAAAGUAUGUUUAAUGUGUGGUGUCAAAAAAACCUGUAGUGAUACAUAAGGGAUAGUAUGUCUGCUCUAAUGUUGUGUGGAUUUAAAAGAAAUACACAGGUCAUGUUUAAAACUGAUAUUUGACUACGACAAACUAUUUCUGAAACUAUUUUCCGAAACCUUUCCAGGCCAGGAAAACUUUUUUUUUUUUUAAAUGUCAUGAUUUCUCUAACUGUACAUUAUCUGUAUCUAGGAAGAGACUUUGUAUGAGUUUAUAUUAGUUUAUAUAUUAUAUUUUAUUAUCCAAAACCCAACGUCACUGGUUUACUUAGUAAUUCAUUCCAAUGGUAAAUCAUUGUAUAUAUAAAUAUUGCAAUUUUUGUAUCACUGUCUAACAGAUCUUGUUAACUUAUGUACUGUACACAAAUACAAAGGUUGUUUUAAAAAAAAAUAUGGUCGGUGUCA